CAGACUGUUAAUACUUGUGGGAAAUUCAAGGGUUGCUUUGCUCCUUUUCUCUGUUCUUUUAUCUAUUUUGUUCUUUUAUAGGACGGCGAUGAAUCCUCCCAGCAAUUUGGUUGAAUUUGCAAAAGAGCUCAUGCCCGCCGGGAUGAAAUUCUGCCCGACCGAUCAAGAGCUGAUAGCCCACUACCUCCACCGCAAGAUCACCGGCGGGCUGACCAGGUUCCAGACGGAGAUUGUGAAGGAGUGCGAUUUGUACGGGGAGGAGGAGCCGUGGCAGAUAUGGGAUAGGUUCAAGGCCGAGACGGUGGUGGAUAUGGAGCAGAACCUCUACUUCUUCACUCGGCUCAAGUCCAAGAGUACGAACGGGAAGAGGAUUCUCCGACGGGUGGGGAAGAACGAAGGGACCUGGCACGGCGAGGAUGCCGGCUCGAAGAUCAAUUGCUGGUCCGAGGCCGAGGGCAAGAAUGUUUACCUCACAGGGUUCAAGAAGCGUUUCAAUUACAGGAACCUCAAGUCGGACCAGAACGGGCAGUGGAUUAUGCACGAGUUCAGUUUGAGCAACACCGAGUAUGUGAUCUGCCGGCUGAAGAAUAACAGGGCUGUUCCCGUUCCCUCCACGCCCUUGCUUCCGCUUCCUCCUGCUCCUCUGCAGCUUGAAGAUGUUCCCGAGAGGUCCAAUUCGCUGGGUGUUAGGAAUUUAGAUGUAAAUAGCUCUGUAGAAACUAAUCAGCCGCCCAAAGAUGAUGGGCGGAAGGAACAGAUUCUUGCGGAAAAGAGUGACCAAGCGACGGGGAGGGAUGGAAGUCAGCAGGCGAAGGAGAGUGAUCGAGAGGUGGAUGUUCAGAAGCAGGAGAAAGCUGCUGCUGCUUGUUCUCUGGCAAAAACCGGUAUGGAGAAUGGACAGGGUUGUGAAAAUCCAAAGAGAAUUGAUGGAGAAACGGAUGAGCAGAAGAAGGGAAAGGCUGCUCCUGCUCAGGCAAAGAAUGAUGGGGAAAAGAGUCCCCAAUGCAAGGGUGGUGAUGACUUUGAUAAGGCCAAGAAGAGUGACCACAGAGAACUAAAUGAGCAGAAGAAAAAGGAGAAAGCUGCUUCUGUUGAAGGGAAUGAGCGGAGUGAUGGCGGAAAGAAAGAGCAGAAGAAGAAGAAGAGGGUGGGUGGUAGACUGUUAAAGAAAGUGGACCAAGUAUCCGAGGCCUCGCCCAAGGCAGGGAAGCGACCAAGAGUAGAGGAAGAAGGUCCAGGGGAAGAUGAAGCCACUUGUUCUAGCAAAGAUAAGAAGGCACGAGGCCAGAUGGACUUGCUAAUGGAGGUUCUGGGGAUAGAAUUUUGAUUCUGGUCUUGGUUCCGUUUCUCCUUCAGCUGUACAAAUAGGACUUGUGCAUUUGAAGACCUUUCGGUUAACUCUACAUAAGAGCAAUUGGCGGGAGUCAAGUGAAAGUGUUUCUUCUGAGAGAAGCCUUUAAGUGUCUUACAGCCAAUCCUAAGCACUUCGACAAUGCCCUCCAGAUUUGCUGCAAGGUCAAUGUUGUCAGCAGCUGCUUCAUCACAGGUAUUACAAAUAUUGUUGUUGACUUGAGGAUGAUUAAGGUACUAGUUAGAUCUAUAUGGUGUAUUCUUCUUCUUUGCCAUGGCGCGGAGAGGGGGAGCUCGAUGAUAGUCUGGUUUCUAUCCAACUUUGUGAUUGCAUGUAAUUGCAGAUAGUAUACAAUGCAUAGU